AUUUGCUUGUGCGAUGUCUAACACUUCAAAAUUGUUAGGGGAGGGGAAUUAAAAAAAAAAAAAAAAAAUCUCUUGCUGGAAAAUGUCCCAAUCAUACACUUCUACAUCAACGUUUUGUCCCUCUCUUUGCAAACUAUGGAAAAUGUCCCUAUCAUACACUUCCAUUGUUGUCUUAUUGUUGUCUUUCAUAGUUUACUGGAACUUAACAAAUAUAUGGGUCAAGAAAUACAAUAAGUUUUGAGGGUAUAUGUGGGUAAGAGGAGUUAAUAAUAGCCAUCCAUUAAGGAUGAUGCUUCAAAAUCUGCAAUCCAACUACUGUUUUCUGCUGCUGCUUGUUUCAAUCCAAUGUUUAUUGGUGAUAGUCUUUGGUACAGAUCACUAUAGCAGAGCUGACUUUCCCCCUGGUUUUGUUUUUGGUGCUGGAAUUUCUGCCUAUCAAGUUGAAGGGGAAGCAUUUGAAGAUGGAAGGACACCUAGCAUUUGGGACACUUUUGCUCAUGCUGGUUUUUCUGGUGGAGCCAAUGGAGACAUAGCAUGUGAUCUGUACCACAAAUACAAGGAAGAUGUCCUAUUUAUGGUCGACACAGGCUUAGAAGCCUACAGGUUCUCUAUUUCAUGGUCUAGACUUAUUCCUGGUGGAAGAGGACCUAUAAAUCCAAAGGGUUUACAGUUUUACAACAAUUACAUUGAUGAACUUAUCAGCCACGGUAUUCAACCACAUGUUACACUAUUUCACAGUGAUCUACCGCAGGUACUUGAAGAUGAAUACGGGGGAUGGUUAAGCCGAAAGAUUGUGAAGGACUUCACUGCAUAUGCAGAGGUAUGCUUCAAGGAAUUUGGUGACCGGGUGAUGUAUUGGACCACCAUUAACGAGGCCAAUAUAUUUGCGAUCGGAGGUUAUGAUAUUGGCAUCACUCCUCCGGGACGCUGUUCUCCACCUUUUGGAGUUAAUUGCUCUAGAGGGAAUUCGUCUACUGAGCCUUAUAUUGUUGUUCAUAACAUGUUACUUGCACAUUCAUCUGCAAUGAAAUUGUACAGGAGAAAUUACAAGUCCACCCAACAUGGUCUCGUGGGAUUUAAUAUAUAUGGUUUAUGGUGUGUACCUUACACAAAUUCAAGGGCUGAUGUAAAUGCAGCAGAAAGAGCCAAUGAAUUUUAUACUGGUUGGAUAAUGAAUCCUUUAAUAUUUGGAGACUAUCCCUCUGUAAUGAAGAAGGCUGCUGGGACAAGGAUUCCAAGCUUCACCAAAUAUGAAGCUAAGCUAGUUAUGGGCUCAGUUGAUUUCAUUGGCCUAAACCACUACACAACAGCAUCUGUUAAGGACAGGUCUUCCAGCAUUGAAAAGCAUAGCAGGGACUUUAGUGCUGACAUAGAAGCAGAUAUCUCACUCGGGGCAUUGGCAGCAGAUCAGUAUCCAGUUAUACCUUCUGGUCUUUAUGAAUUUCUGGAGUACUUAAAAGAAGCUUAUGGCAACCCGCCGAUUUACAUUCAGGAAAAUGCAGGUCAAAAGACUCGGCGUAAUGGUACACUAAAUGACACAGCAAGAAUAGAAUAUUUGCAUGCCUACAUUGGGAGUGUUCUUGACGCUGUAAGGAAUGGAUCGGAUACAAGAGGGUAUUUCGCCUGGUCCUUCUUAGAUGGUUUGGAGUUACUUGGUGGCUAUGGACCGAGCUAUGGCCUCUACUAUGUAGAUUUGGAUGACAAAGAAUUAACAAGGUAUCCAAAACUUUCCGCAUACUGGUACGCCAACUUCUUAAAGGGAAAAAGCUCCAUUACCAGUGCAGCUUCCAAGUAGGGGAAGCUUCCUAUCUACAAAUCCUAGUUUUGUUACUAAAUAUAAUUGGUUCUUCUGUAAUACGGUUUUAUCUGCACAAGAUGCUAGAUAUUUGUCAACCCUUCUCAAAUAAUAUGAUUAUACCUGCACAAAAUUCUCCAUUC